ACGUGAGCUGAGAAUUCACAACCAAGAAAAGAGAGAGAGGCUUCACGAAGAAAACACGCCAGCGCUCGUCUCCUCGUCUCCUCCUUCUUGGGCUGGAAAUCUCUUCCUGCUAGUUGAAGAGGGUCUCUUCUUCUGUCACCAUAAGGAUCUGAGUUUUUCUUUAACUUUUGGGGAAGGAAUCGUACUUAGAGGAGCACAAGUGAAAUUCUGAGUUUUUUUAGCGAGAACAAUGGUGAUGCCAACCGAAACUGAAAGCCCAAUAUACCUGAUGGUUAGGGCAGAUGAAACGAUUUUUUGGUACGUUAUUGAAAGGAAAUCCACGGCAGCGACGGCAGAAAAUGAUAACAACAACGAAGGGAGGAACAUUGUAGUGCUGCGUGCGAGCGAAAGAGACAGAGUCCGACAACUCAAUCUACCGAGUUUUGGGGGCGAAGGGUUGGACUGGAUUGACUUCAGCAGGCUUGUUGCCCUGAACCGCCGCUUGUACCUCAUUGGCAGUACCAUUGGGGACACAAAUAAAGUCGGUAGGGUCGGGUUGAGGUACAUUGACUUGGAUGCUACUCCAACGCCGAUCUGGCAUAUUGGGGGCGGAGUAAAUAGCGACAGACAAGGCGGGGCUAUUGCUCGAGAGGAUGGCUGGAUCUUUACUUCGGGAGAUAACCUCUACCGUGUGAAUCAUCCUAGUGGCGACUCCACCAAGUUGCCGAAAAAAGAAGGCCUGAGAGGAGGAGUAAAUCUGCUUGGUGUUACUAUGAGUAAUAUUUUGGUUUAUGUCAACGAGUUAGAUUAUAACACCAUGUUACAUUGUAACACCAUGUACUCCAUAGAUUUGAGAUCCAACCGCUGGGAAGUCAUUUGCCACAGAUUUUGGGGUGUAUGGUCCCCUGGGGUGAUACUUUUUGACGACUCGCUUUUAUUCUCCCUUGGAACGCAAAACCCAUCAUCGGAUACAGAAUCCCUCGGUUUUAAGGCUCGACCAGGGGUUUAUGCGUUUGAUAUUCGUGCUCGUAGAUGGUUGUCCAGCCCACUUGAGGGCUUGAAAAAUGAGGUAGGCCGUGAAAAUUUUGACCCUGGCCUUGAGACAGUCCUUCCCAGUGAGGGUCCAUAUGACAGUGGAGAUGUCCUUGCCCCUACGGAUGAGCCUGUAGACCCAUUCAAGCCAUGGUGGGUUCCACUGUCGUUGGUUAAAGUUGGAGUCGAGAAUGGCCACCACAAGUUGGGUUUGGUAUGGGAUCGCAUGAUCAUCUACGACAACGAUGUAAAGUCUUGUCAAAUUCAUUGGUGCAAGUUCAAGAUACUCACCCCUAAUGGUGGUAAUAUAUUAGAGGCUGAAUUGCUGUCAAGUGGAAUAUGCAAUCUAGAUGACUCCACUUACAUGGUGAUGAAUUGCACAGCAGGAUUGGUAGUUGCACCAGAUGAGGGCAAUGAAGAAGAGAAGGGUGAUAAAAGAAGAAGAGAAGGGGUCACUGCACCAGAUGGCGGUAAUGAAGAAGAGAGUGAUAGUAAAAGAAGAAGAGGGGUAAAUGCACCUGACGACAGUAAUGAAGAAGAGAAGGGCAAUGAAAGAAGUGGAAGCUGCUUCCCAACAAAUCAGACAGGGGAAACUCGCUGAUUACUUUGCUAUUCAAGGUGAAGUUGGAGGCCUGAAGCCACUGCAUCCUUUUUGGAAUUUGUAAACUGCAAGUUUGAACUUGUUUUUGUUUUGCUUAGACUGUAGUUUGAACUUCACCUAUAUGUUCAGUUAAUUGUAUGACUUCGUUAAGCUGGGACUUAGUUAUAUUACCCCAAAAAUAUGACAAAAGAAAAAUGGGGACUUUGCUAUGGAUGUCUGAAG